UGCAUACAAAGUUUAAUAACCUGUCCAUCUCGUUGUGGCUCCAAGACCACAAACGUAUACGCAUAUGGCAGAAAAAUAGGCAGUAGCAGCACGAAGACCUGCGGAGAUGUGUGUGUUAAUGGGAGCAUGAGUUCUGGACAAAGCAAAGUGACCCUUAACUCCCAAUGCUGUAAUGCAGAGUUAUGCAACUCUCAAAAUGCACCAGACUUGCCACAACAGUCUCUAAACGGGAAGCAAUGUUUCACCUGCAAUGGCACUGACUGCUCAAAACCGUUGGCUUGUGAGGGUGAUGAGACUCAGUGCUUUAUUACUACAGUUGACAUCAGUGGCAAGAAGGAGACCACAAAAGGAUGUUCAAGCAAGAUGUUCUGUGGGCUCAACGCAACACAAUCUCUGGGAUUACCCGUUCAGGGCUUUGGCUUUGGCGUUUACAUGAAAUGCUGUGAGGGAAACCUGUGUAACGCUGCUCGUGGCUUGAGAGUGUAUUUUGUGAUGCUGGUACCUCUUCUCUCUCUGUUUGUGUUCUGAUACAUGAUUUCAACAACCAACAAUUUCCUUUGCAAAACAUUUGUAAUCUAAUGCAAUGACUUCAAUACAUUUUAAUGUUUGGUUUGGUUUUGGGACCAGUUUCUUGUGUUUUGGAAGUUGGCUGUCUGAAUAAGCCUCCGGUGAUUCACAACAAGUUUUUUUUUUUUUUAUCUGUCAAUAAACAGGAGGAGAUGGAGACCUGAUGGUGGAGGAAAUUGUAUAAGAAACACUUAUUUACUUUUUAAACUGUUCAAAAUGUUCUUGUUUUUCAUGUGACCAUCUUUAUGUAUAACUUUUGUAAAUAGUUUCAUAGCAUUCUACACUGUAAAAAAGAAAGAAAGUUGCAGCUGCCUUAAAUUUUUAAGUACAAUCAACUUGGAUGUUUAAGUCAUUUAAACUUAAAUUACAUUAAACUGACUUAAAUGAGUUGAAUCUUGUAUAACUUAAAAAAAGUUGAAAAUUGCUUAACUUAUUUUAAUGAGUUAAAGCGA